AUGUAUCACAAAACUGCCAAAUACAAGUUUAUUGGUAAGAAGAAUCCCAAAACUCCCAAACCCAAGAAGCCCACAGUGGUUGUGAAACCAAUAGGCGGUGAGAAGAAUGGAGGAACUCGUACAGUUUUCUUGAAACGUAGAAAAUCAUUCUACCCAACACAAGACAAAAUUAGAAGCCAUGGCCACCACAAAACCUUCAGCAAGCACAAGAGACAUAUCCGCCCCAACCUAACAGUGGGCACAGUGUGCAUCCUGUUGGCUGGCAGACACGCUGGAAAGAGGGUUGUGCUUGUUGGAAUUCUACCUAGUGGUCUGUUGCUGGUCACUGGACCGUUUGGUUACAACGCGUGCCCGCUGCGUCGCAUCCACCAGAGCUAUGUGAUCGGCACAAGCACCAAGAUUGAUCUUGAAAACUUCUCGUUGCCUAAACAUCUCAACGACAAGUACUUUAAGAAGAACAAGAAGAGCUCCAAGCGCACUGUCAAGCGGAAGGAGGGAGAAGACAUCUUCGCCACCAAAAAAGAGAAAUACGCUCCAUCCGAGCAACGCAAAGAGGACCAGAAGGUGGUGGACGAGGCGGUGAUUAAGGCGAUCCGCAAGCGCGAGGACAAGAAGGCGCUGAGGGGCUACCUUAAGGCUACUUUCGGCCUCCGCUCCAGCCAGUUCGCGCACCGGCUCCGAUUCUAA